AUGCAGAUUCGGGUAAAGUGUAGCUGUGGAGAGAAUUGUCCUGAAUGGGCCAUGAUUGAGUUACAAGGGGUGGUUGAAGUUCAACCCCAGUUCCAAGAUCAUCUCCAGAAUCUCAAGAUUGGUCUUCUCUGCCGGCCUUCCUCGUCGGAAACCUACACAUUCACGAUUGGGUAUCAUGAGCUGACCGGGACAAAGCUGCCGCUGAAGAAGCCGCUAUUGGUGAUGAACAAAGUCAAGGAUGGUGGUGAAGAGGGUGGUCCGGGCAGGGUGGAAUUGGAAGUCAUCGGAAUCAUCAGAUACCGGAUUCUGUUCAAGACCAGACCCAAGGCCCUCAUUUCCAAAGCACAGCCAAUAAUGAAGGAUAGAGGAGCUCUUGCAAUGAGCAAAUAGCAGGUUACAGGCAAGAGAGGCAUGGACAACUGGAAAAGCUACAAGAUCAGAGUAUUUAUAUGUAUUCUGCAUGCUUCUUGUUCUAAAGAAGCAAGCUUUGAGUUUUCUUUCAAUAUAUAUAAACAAUUACGAUUC